UCGCUCAUCGCCGGCUCCUGGCGGGAUUCUUUUCUUGUGUUGCCGGAUCUCUGGGAAGCCGUGUGUGCAAGCCCCGGGUACAGUAUCUGCCAUCCAGUGCAAAAAUAUACAAAACUCCAAAAUCACCCUGAUAACACAUACAGCAGACAUGAAUGAUAUUUCCCAAAAGGCUGAGAUUCUGCUUUCUUCAUCUAAACCUGUCCCAAAAACCUAUGUGCCAAAACUUGGCAAGGGUGAUGUAAAGGAUAAGUUUGAAGCCAUGCAGAGAGCCAGGGAAGAAAGAAAUCAAAGGAGAUCUAGAGAUGAAAAACAAAGAAGAAAAGAACAAUAUAUUAGAGAGAGAGAAUGGAACAGGAGAAAGCAGGAGAUUAAAGAAAUGCUUGCUUCUGAUGAUGAGGAAGAGGUAUCUUCGAAAGUAGAAAAGGCUUAUGUCCCAAAGCUAACAGGAACUGUUAAAGGUAGAUUUGCUGAAAUGGAGAAACAAAGACAAGAGGAACAAAGAAAGAGGACGGAGGAGGAACGAAGACGCAGAAUUGAGCAGGAUAUGUUAGAGAAGAGGAAGAUAGAACGUGAAUUAGCAAAAAGGGCUGAGCAGAUUGAGGACAUAAACAAUACGGGAACUGAAUCAGCAUCAGAGGAAGGAGACGAAUCACUGCUUGUAACAGUGGUACCUGUCAAAUCACAAAAAACUUCUGGAAAGAUGAAGAAUUUUGAGGAUCUAGAGAAAGAACGAGAAGAAAAAGAAAGGGUCAAAUAUGAAGAAGAUAAAAGAAUAAGAUAUGAAGAACAACGGCGAUCUCUCAAGGAAGCAAAGUGUCUUUCAUUGGUCGUGGAUGAUGAACUAGAAAGCGAGGCAAAAAAAGAAUCCCUUUCUCCUGGAAAACUGAAACUAACUUUUGAAGAAUUGGAAAGACAAAGACAAGAAAACCGAAGGAGGCAAGCUGAAGAGGAAGCAAGACAACGUUUAGAAGAAGAGAAGCGUGCUUUUGAAGAAGCAAGGCGGCAAAUGGUAAAUGAAGAGGAGGAAAACCAAGACACAGAAAAAAUUUUAAAAGGGUACCGCCCUGGUAAACUCAAACUCAGUUUUGAAGAAAUAGAAAGACAAAGGAGAGAAGAUGAAAAAAGGAAAGCAGAAGAAGAAGCCAGGAGGAGAAUAGAGGAAGAAAAGAAGGCAUUUGCUGAAGCAAGGAGAAGCAUGGUAGUAGAUGAUGACUUCCCAGAGAUGUAUAAAACAAUUUCUCAAGAAUCUCUUACACCGGGAAAACUGGAAAUUAAUUUUGAAGAAUUACUAAAACAAAAAAUGGAAGAAGAAAAACGACGAACAGAGGAGGAAAGGAAGCAUAAGCUAGAGAUGGAAAAACAGGAAUUUGAACAACUGAGACAAGAAAUGGGAGAGGAAGAGGAAGAACAUGAAACCUUCGAAUUGAGUAGGGAAUAUGAAGAAUUAAUCAAAUUGAAAAGAAGUGGCUCUAUUCAAGCCAAAAAUCUAAAAAGCAAGUUUGAAAAGAUUGGACAAUUGUCUGAAAAAGAAAUACAGAAAAAAAUAGAAGAAGAACGAGCAAGGAGGAGAGCGAUUGACCUCGAAAUUAAAGAGCGAGAAGCAGAAAACUUUCAUGAGGAAGAAGAUGUUGAUGUCAAGCCUGCAAAAAAAAGUGAGGCCCCAUUUACUCAUAAAGUGAACAUGAAAGCUAGAUUUGAACAAAUGGCUAAGGCAAGAGAAGAAGAAGAACAAAGAAGAAUUGAAGAGCAAAAGUUACUACGGAUGCAGUUUGAACAAAAGGAAAUUGAUGCAGCACUACAAAAGAAAAGAGAAGAGGAGGAGGAAGAAGAGGGUGGUAGCAUCAUGAAUGGCUCCACUAUUGAAGAUGACGAGCAAACGAGAUCAGGAGCUCCGUGGUUCAAGAAGCCUCUAAAAAACACAUCGGUUGUAGACAGUGAGCCAGUUAGAUUUACUGUUAAAGUAACAGGAGAACCCAAACCGGAAAUUACAUGGUGGUUUGAAGGAGAAAUACUGCAGGAUGGAGAAGACUACCAAUAUAUUGAAAGAGGAGAAACUUACUGCCUUUAUUUACCAGAAACUUUCCCAGAAGAUGAAGGAGAGUAUAUGUGUAAAGCAGUCAACAACAAAGGCUCUGCAGCUAGUACCUGUAUUCUUACAAUUGAAAGUAAGAAUUAAUCACUUAAUCUAGAACUUUUAUUCUCUUUAAGUUUUUUUCCUUUAAAAAAAAAAUCACUUUUCUUCUUCUCUUUUUUAGCUGACGACUACUAGCUCCCCUUCCCUCUCCCUGGAACUUUCUCUCCCUGCCCCCCCCCCGACUUUCUUACUACACCCAUGUUUUCUGUGGCGGGGCCAAAAUGGAAACCAGAAGUGCCACUAUGUUGACUUUUUAUUCCUUUUCAUAAUAGUCUUCAAAACACAAGCUCAUCUAAGGAAUAACUUCUUCCUUUCCAAAUGAUCACCAGAUUCAUCGCCAUAUUAUGCAGAAGUUAAGGUGUAUCCAAUGGGGUAAAAUGGAAAAUUUACUCAAUUAUUAAAAUACAUUAUUUUGCAUGAAAGAAUGUCAUUUAUGAGCUAUUUUCACCGAAAAUUAGUCCAAGAUAGUAGAGACUUAAUUUGGAACCUAUCAAUUUGAGUUUUCCUUAAUACAUCAUUUUCCUUGUAGUUUCAAAGUCUUUCUGAAGCAGAGAGGGGGAAGGGGUGCCAUUCCUUUCAAGGGAAAGGGGAAGCAUGGAGAACAAAAGGAGGACUUUAAAGAAACAAUUGCCAGAGAAAACUUAAUGGAAACCACUGCCUAUAGAGUUCUGAAUGUUGAGAAUAAAUAUUAACAUGUACUUUUCAAAUGUGUGUAAUAUAUAUUCAAGCUUAUAAAGCCAAUUCAUGUUGUGACCUAGCCUGAACAAACUGUUUAGUGAGAAAACUUUGUAUCAGUAGUUUAUGCAGGAGAAAACACUUUCAACAUAAUGAACGAUUUCAAGAUCUAAGAAAAAAAAAUGGCACAAUCUUCAAUUUUAAAAUCUGGUCUUCAAGUUUGUAAAUAAUUAACUACCAUGUUCUAGUACCAAGUUGUUUUGUAUUUUAGUUUUCUGGAAGACAACUGUAUUUUACAAUGUAAACUCAGUAAAGUAACUUCUGUAUUAAAAAAUAAAGUCAAUAUUUUAGAAAAGAAAAACACUCCU